CCCCAUUGAACAGCUGAUCAGUACGAGCGCAGAUCCCUCGCUCAGCAGUUGGCGUUUGACGGAGUCGCACGUGCGCUCGUACACACAUCUCGAUAAAGAAAGACGCUCGUUCGAAUCUUUCAAAGUCGAGAGGAGCGGACUCCGUAAUUAUCGAACGCGAAUCUAUGAGUUUGUAAAACAAAUCGAACGGCUCGUCGUUGGGCGCGCAGUUCGUACGUCGAUUUUUUUUCGAACGAUUUGGAAGACUUUUAAAUCGGACCGCGCGAAAAACGCGACCUUUGUCUAUGUGCGAUUCAGAGUUCGAAGUACCGCGUUCUUGUCGGGCCGGCAGAAACGGCGGUUUUAACAACGAUCAAAUUUCCCCUCUAUCGUCAAAGAACAGAUCCAUGAACCCCGACGACGACAGUAAAACAACAACGGGGGAGGGCAGUGCCCUCGACACGGAGUUCCAUGAACAUUGACCCUGCAGCAUUUGAGAAACUACUACCUUUAAUUCUUUCAAAUUAAUAUCAGUUUUCCGUUACCGAUAGAAUUUUCUAACGAAGCGUUGCGACCCCGAAAUCUAGUCCCAUCCUACCCCCCUAACGUGGAUUAGUUUACGAUGAUAAUUAUGAUUCGAUUAACCCCUGGCUCCGUUGUUUAAUAUCGAGUGUGAUGUGAAUGAGUGAUCGAGUGAGUUUUUUUCGUUAUAUUUUUCGCCGCCCCUUGUGAAUAUAAAAAUUAAUAAAACAACGUUUUUCAUAUAAAAAUAUUAAAAAAAAAAAUAAAUAAAUAAAAGGCGUCAGGAUGCCGCAGGAUGAUAAAGAAGUUACGUCGGGCAUCAGGAUAAAAAUCGGCGAAGUAGAAGUCCUGACAAAGAAGGACGGGGAUCAUCUGGUGUCCAAAAAAACCCGGAAGGAAAAUCGGCCGAGGAUCGCAAACGGGACGACCAAAAACGGAAACAAUGGAAAAGUAAAAACAGCGCCGGCGGAGGGAGAGCUGGUACCCCCAGACGGAGGUUGGGGAUGGCUGGUGCUCAUCGCCGCCGUUACGGUGAAUUUUUUGAUACCGGGAACAGUGAAAUCAUUCGGUGUACUUUUUGUUGAAUUUCUCGAAGUUUUUGACGCCUCACCCGCGGCCGCCGCCUGGAUUCCGGCCCUUUGCUAUUUCCUCUACAGUUCUCUGGGACCAUUGUCCAGCGUCUUGUCGGUCAAAUAUUCCUACAGGACGGUAACGCUGAUAGGCGGUACGUUUGCUGCGGCGGGGAUGAUGCUCAGUUACUUUGCCGAUUCCGUUAUUUUUCUUUGCAUUAGCUAUGGAGUCCUCGUGGGAACUGGAGCGGGUCUCGCGUUUCCACCCACUGUUUACAUAGUGACGUCUUACUUCGUUAGACUUAGGGGGCUCGCGAACGGUCUUUGCAUUUCCGGAAGCGCGCUUGGUUCGAUAUUUCUACCACCGGUCCUCGGAAUGCUUUUAAAGGAAUAUGGUUACAGAGGUGCCGUGCUGAUAAUGGGCGCUUUGACGUUGAACGUCUGGGCUAGCGCACUCCUCUAUGAUCCCGUAGAAAAACAUCUAAAACCGGCACCGGCGAGCAACGAUCCCGAGGAUCCAGAGGUUGCGGAGGGAGUAUCGAUCACGGUAGCAUCUCCGGACGACGAAAAGAACCCCAACAGCCCACUGAUAUCGCCGCAAUCGAACGGCAACAGAUCCAUCACGGUACCGAAGAGUGCUUCUAGCGUUGCCUUGGAAAAUUAUAAAAAUACACCAAUUCAGGGAAUCGCUCGAAAAGUUAGCGUGCCAUCGGGAAAUCAUAUGGCAGGUGAGAUGCGGAGCACACCCGCGUUGCACGUUGUUCCCGAACGCGGUGAUUUCGACGGUGGAAAAUUGAGCAGGCGACGACCCCCUCCGAGAUCUCCUAGUACUUCGUCAUUCAAUUAUAUCAGUACACCUUAUCACGGUAGUACACUUUCAGCAUUACAUCCCGAACACGCUUCUACCCUGACUUUGAACGCGAUUUCAAGCACCUUCAAAAAAUCACCGGAAAAAGAUUUAAAGAGCGAAAGUAAAAAGGAGAACAAAUUCUUCGACGUUAGCUUAUUCAAGGAUCCGGUGUAUCUUGUUAUUCUGAUAUCAAAUUCUACAAACGCCGUUAGUUACACAAACUUUGUAAUCCUUUUGCCCGCCUACGCGAUAUCUUUAGGGUACAGCAAAAAUAUGUCAUCGCUAUUACUGUCGAUCGUUUCCAUCCUGGAUUUGACCGGGCGAAUCGGAGGAUCGGCUUUGUCCGAUGUCGCUAUAAUGCCGAAGCACUGGUACUUCGUAGGAGGACUUCUUGUUUCUGGAAUUUCUCUAGCCCUCCUUCCCAUGUCGACGUCGUACACAAUGCUCGCCGUGUCCUGUGGGGUAUUCGGGCUCGCCUCUGGAAUAUAUGUUGGAAUAACCGCGGUAAUUAUGGCAGAUAUGUUGGGGAUGGAAAAGCUGACUUCAUCCUACGGAAUAUCCUUGUUUGUAAAUGGAAUCAUUCAGUUAGUCGGGCCACCGAUAUGCGGUCUGGUAUUCGAGCAAAUCGGAAGUUAUGGUCCGCUUUUUACAUUCCUUGGCGUCGUUCUAAUCCUAGGAUCAUCACUGUGGGCUUAUAUGCCGGUGAUUAGAAAACGACAAGCUAAGGAAUCGAUGGCAGUCGCUGUGGCUGAACGGUUAUAGCACGGAUAUGAAAAAUCAAAGAAACAUAAGAUGCGAUGCAUUCACGGUAUAAUAAGGAUUUUUAAUUGAGAAAUCGUACUAUAUGAAGUUAAAAGUUAAUAUGGCGUGAGUUCGCGACUAUCACAAACCUAUAAAAUAUACUUGCGACUAUUUCUAAUUGUGAAUAGCUGUGGACUAAGAUUAUAUUUUUUAUAUCAAUCUCUAGAUUAAUUAAAUAAUCCGGUAGAAGCCCUACGAGUAUCUUCUUUUUUUUUUCAAUCAAAAUUAAAACUGAGACUCACAAGGAGCAUAAUACGUAUGUCAGUGCAUCUGUGAGGUACAUUUUUUCAUUCAAGCAGGUGUAGGUCUGCUGAGGUUCAUUAGAUUAUUUUACGGAACAGGUCUCCUCUUUCUUCGAAUGAACAAAAUGUGCGCUUCAUUGAAUUUCCUGUAUGAAUGGUAGAGAAAAAAAAAAAUUACAUCACGCUACUUAAUUACCGAAUGAUAUACGAGCUGCAGCGUUCAUUUAGAUAUACCAUAUGUAUGCAUAGCGUUAUAAUUAGUAUACUGGACGAAUACUGAUUUCAUCUCUCGAUUAGUGUAAAACUUGCAAUCGUUUCUCCUCAUUAAGUUUUGAAUGAAUCAACGCGUCAUAAUCCCAGUUAAGCUUGAACGUAUCGCAGCCGAUUUUUCUUGUUUCCUUCAGAAUCAAUGAUGCGAGAACCAAAAGUUUAAUUUAACAUAAAAAUUAGACAACUAUAAAAACUAAUUUUAAUAUCAAUUUAUAUGUAUAUGUAUUGCAUAUAUACGGUGCCUCUAAAGUAACUAUACUAAAUAAACCAUAAAUUUAUUAACAUUUAUUAAGUAGGAAGAUGCAUUAUAAGCGUCUGGCGCAUGAAUGUUAGAUGUCAGUGAGUGUAUGAAUAUCAACAUACAGACGUGCGGAAUUCUCCAUUUUGACUCUUUAAUAGAGAUGAAGGAUUCGAGAUGCAAUAUGAAUGUAGUUCAAACUAAGAAAGUCAACGAUUUAGAAAUUGACUCUAAUAGGUUUUGUAUAAAAUGGAAAAAAAUUUCAUCCGAAAAAUAAAUUUCAUACCUAAAAUUAUAGUGCGCGUGUUAUAAUAAAAUGUACUACAUGAUAUGCUGGUGUUAAUAUACAUAUUUUAUUGUGCCGAAACAAACAGGAAGUUGAGUAAAUAAUAUACAGCCGGUGUUUGAUAAGUAUCACAGCUGUGUAUUAUUCACUUUGUAAAAAUGACUUGUAAAUUUGUGUAGAAUGAAAAAAAAGAAAUGAACGAUACAAAAGGAACACUAAUCAAUUGUAGUUUAUCACAGCAUAUUUAUUCAGCAAAAAUAUCUCGCCUUCUAGAUCAACAAUUGUGGUAAAACAGUCUAAGAAACAUAAUUCGAAAGUACUCCAUAAUUCAUAGUUAUUCUUACAUUGUAUGAUAGUAUUUAUUUAUAUUGACAUAAAAAUAUAAAACUGAAAUCAACAUUUAUUAUUAAUAAGUUUUCAAUAGAGUUGCAUUUAUUUGAAAAUGCAUGGAUAGAGUUGCACAAGAUAAAGUAUUGUUUUGUUGUUAGUCAUAAAUGAAUUAUUGUCUACCAAAAGUACGUCGUAUGUUAUACCUAGUAUUUGGUAUAUCCCAUCUUCACAGUAUUUUAUACAUUAUCCAAUUUAAUAAUAUCAGCCAACCAAGUCUGAUAACGAACGUUCAGAUAUUUGGAUCACAAUUGAAUCAAGCACUGAUGAGAAAUAAAAUAUAAUGAAAUUAA